AUGACCUGUCAGGCCAAGUCCUCGUACUUGGAGACGGAGAUCAUCUGGGGCCAUCGCUUUGAGCCAUGCAUGAUGCUAGAGAAGGGAGCCUUCCGCGUGGACUACAAGCGCUUCCACAAGACCUUUGAGGUGCAGUUGCCCCGCUGCAGCGCAAAAGAGAUGGAGGAGACCCGGGAGUUGGAAGGAUCAGAGUUCAGCUACUUCUGGGAAAAUGGCGACUUCCUCACAGGCCGCAGAUACACGGAAACAGAUAUGGGAGAGGAUGAGAGAGAAGGUCGUGGGGAAGCCUUCUCCGAAAUCAGCGGCAGACUCAUCGGCAACAUUGCCGAAGAAAGGAGCUCCGACUUUAAUGGCAGUGAAUGUAAUCUAUAGAUGGGCCGUGGGUCCCACAUCCGAGCAGAGUAGGGCGGCUAUAGGCUGAGCAAAGACUCAAAAAUCUGUUUUAUAUGAUAGGUUAGUAUGCAUUGUACAGCGCUGUGGAAUAUGUUGGCGCUUUAUAAAUAAAUGAUAAUAAUAAUUAAGACAAAGCUUCCCAAACGGUGGCACGGGAUCCUCCAGGGGGGUCAGGAGCAGUGGCUGGGGGGGCCUAGGUUAAGGGUCAGAGCGAGAUUUAGGGAGGUACAGCUGGUGGAAACACUUUUUUAAUAGUGUAGAUAUUCUUGAAGCUCUUGGUUGAAUGUCUGUUUUUGUACAUUUUAUGGGCCCUGACAAAAUAAUGAUGUUCUAAAGAGAACUUGGGCCACAGGUCCUGAAGCUACUGCAAUAGGGGAUACUGUAAGGUCACUGACCUUCAUAAAGGUUCCUGGGUUCAUUAGAUAAUUAACAUCCCUUCUCUGGACCUUGUAUAUAAUAUGCCUGACUCCGUUACUCGAUAUUACUAAUACAGGUAUAGGACCCGUUAUCCAGAAUGCUCGGGACCAAGGGUAUUCCGGAUAAGGGGUCU